AUGGUGUUUGAGAAUGAGGACGGUGAUCUGUUGAUCUACGACUGGAAGCGGUGCAAGGACGUGACGCCUACACCGGCGUUCAAGAAGUUUAGCGGUAUGGCGGGUCUUGAACAUGUGCUGGACUGUAAGUUCUACCAUUACUCACUGCAGCUAAACAUUUACAAGUACAUGGUCGAACGAGCGUACGGCAAGAAAGUCGUGGAACUGGCGCCUGUGGUGCUGUACCCGGACCAGAACACGUACCAGUUCUCGCCCGUCGCCGACAUGAUGGAUGAGGUGCGCACUCUGAUGAUGCACCGCCACAUUGAGAACUGGGUGCGCGACGAUCACGGGGCAGCCGACAACGACGACGCGGUGACGACCAAUGCAAACACGACCACAAGAACCGUAAGCUCGGCUAGCCAAGAUCCGACUGACACGUGUAGCCCACGAACGUUCGUACAGUCGCGCACAAUGGCAACGUAUACGUGGACCAGUGCGGGCGUAAUAUUCCCGCAGCUAUCCUGCGCCUUUUGUACAAUCCGAUGUACCGUGGCAUCCGAGACGUUGCCAAAUCGCGUGUCUUGGAGGAGGACAUCGAGCUUUUCCCACUCGGCGUCUGGUACACUGG